AAGCUGUAAAAGUAACAAAAACAACAUUCAAAUUUUGACAGAUGGUCAAUGAACAGAAACAAAUUGCCUGCGAUUUUAGAUGUUGUACAACAAGAAAGUCCUGGUUUAGACUGGACAAUUUUACUUGCGCUAGGGAGUUUGAGUUUGAGGGAGAGAAUAAUUUUAUUUCUGUCUUCUUCUCUCUCACAUACAAAAUCAAAACUUGCGCAAUUAUAAUUGCGCAGUCUAAAUCAGGGCUAGGUUCUGCCGUCACUUUAUUAACCUAGUAAACAAUUUUUUUAGACAUGUCUGAUGUCAGAAGUUUUCUAAAAUAAUUCUGUACCCUAAUUCUGUAACUUUUCAAUGUUUUCAACCGAUAUCGUUAUGUAACAAUAAAUAUCGGUUGACUUAACGAUUUAUCUAUUCUCCAUUUUAACGUUAACUAUCUAUCGUAAAUAAAUGUAUUUUUGUUAUUUUAAAAUUCUGACCGACAAAUCUAAAAAUUUUUCCGAAUUUCUUCAGACAAACAGUUACGAAUUCUCCCAUACGAUUUUCGUAACAUUUCCUAACCGACUUUGGAUACGAAAUCGCCAUCUUGUGCAAAUUUUCGGUAUAAUUUCUGACCGAAUUGGUCAAAAAUUGUUUACUGGGAAUACACUUUGAAUUUCAACGUUAUGACUGUCUGUGCUUUUGAUAAGGUAAAAACAGGAUGCCAAUAAGUGAGAUAAUAAGCAGUUUGUCAACUAAUCCAUAUUUUAGUGCAGGAUUUGGUUUGUUUGGAAUUGGCGCUGGUGCAGCAAUAUUGCGAAAAGGUCCGCAAGGUGGUUUGGUACUCUUUCGACGUCAUUUAAUGAUAACUUUAGAAGUUCCUUGUCGCGAUAAGUCAUAUCAUUGGCUUCUUCAAUGGAUAACUACUAGAGGGGCGCGAGAAACGCAACAUUUAAGCGUUGAAACAUCAUUUGUUCAAAAAGACACGGGGAAAAUCGAAACAAAAUACGAUUUUAUUCCCAGUAUAGGAAAGCAUUUAAUGUAUUACCGCGGCGUUUGGAUUCAAGUAGAAAGAAAUCGAGAACAACAGACACUUGAUUUGCAAAUGGGUGUUCCAUGGGAAUCCGUAACUCUUACUGCCUUUGGUCGAAAUAAGCAGAUAUAUUUUGAUAUUUUAGAAGACGCGCGAAAACUCGCAAUAGAAGCAACGGAAGGAAAAACAAUUAUGUAUACUGCUAUGGGUCCUGAGUGGAGACAGUUUGGGCAUCCUCGUAGACGUCGACCAGUAUCAUCUGUUGUUCUAGAUAAAGGAGUAAGUGAGCAAAUAAUUUCAGAUUGUAAAGAAUUCAUAAGUAAUUCGCAAUGGUACAUUGACAGAGGUAUUCCUUAUCGAAGAGGUUAUUUACUAUAUGGACCUCCUGGUUGCGGUAAAUCUAGUUUUAUUACGGCAUUAGCCGGGGAAUUGGAAUAUGGAAUAUGCCUUCUCAAUUUGUCAGAAAGGGGAUUGACAGACGAUCGCCUCAAUCAUCUUCUAAAUGUUGCACCGGAACAGUCGAUAAUAUUAUUGGAGGAUGUUGAUGCUGCAUUUGCUUCUCGGGAUGAUGUUUCAAAACAGUCCGCAGCAUAUGAUGGUUUAAAUAGGGUAACAUUUAGCGGCCUUCUUAACUGCCUAGAUGGUGUUGCAUCUACUGAAGCGCGUAUAGUAUUUAUGACCACAAACUACCUUGAACGAUUAGAUCCUGCUCUGAUAAGACCAGGUCGUGUUGAUAUGCAAUCAUAUAUGGGUUUCUGUUCGGAAUAUCAACUAGUGGAAAUGUUUAAUAGAUUCUACAAACAGGAGGAUAAUUCAUCAAAUGAUUAUGCUAGCGAUUUUGCCAAGGCUGUGCUAGCUGUUGGCAAACCCGUUAGUCCAGCUCAGAUUCAGGGUUAUUUUAUGAAACACAAGACAGCAGCAGCUAAAGAUGUUAUAAAUAAUUUGUCACAAAUUUGGAAUAAAGAAAAAAUUUUGUAAAUUUACAUUUUUCUUCAAAUUUCGUUUCUAUUUUUUAAGUUUUUUUUUACGUUUAAAAAUAACCCGCAGAACAUUUCUUACCCAGAU